GAGCUUUACGGUCGGAGGAAAAGCAGCUGCCGUGCCAAAAAAAGUUGUUCAUAUUAUUAGAGAAAAUUUGCAGAUAGCAGUCGGAAAUGCGGAAGGACUGCUUCAAGGCUGUACAGGAAACCAGAUGUCUUACGUAAACAUGUUGGGUGUGACCAAGGUUUGAAACGAAAGUAAAACGAUUUAGGCAUCUGUUUUUAAGGAAUGAUUCGGACUAAAAAUCAGUAAGUGUAUGCUAGAUAGUAACUCGGCUGUAUAAUGGAGUUCUCCAGCAGUAAUUACAGAAACCAAGAAGGAAUGACUUUGGUAGAGAAAAGAUCUACUGCAAAGCGAUACAACGGCUUGAAAAAUCAAGGUGCAACCUGCUACCUGAACUCAGUACUGCAGUGUCUCUACAUGACCGAAGACUUCCGAAAAGAAGUAGAAAAUUUUAGAGCAUAUCCACCAAACUCUGAUGAGUCAAGUACUGAUUUGAUGCUAGAAUUGCAGAAGCUCUUUGCAAAGAUAAAAGAUGAUGAUGGUACGACUGAAGGGAUAACUCGAAGUUUGUGCAUCAGCAAUGUCUAUGAACAGCAGGAUGCAGUGGAAUACUAUCAGAGAACUCUAAAAGCAAUUGGGCCACAAUUUUCCAAGGUAUUUGAAGGGAAAAUGAACUACAUAACCAAAUGUACAAAUAAUCACAAAUUCCAAGAGAAGUGUCACUUUUUCACUAUCCCUUUACCCAUAGAAUCUGGACACAUGGAUGUGUUCGAAGUGGACAAAGGAUUACAGACUUUUUUCAAAAAGGUAAUGCUAGAUGAAGACAACUGGCUAUAUUGUGAACACUGUGGCAAAAAAACUGAAACAGAGACUUGGAAUGAAAUCCAGGAGUUUCCUACUAUCCUGACUCUGUACCCAAAGAGGUUUGACUUUGACUACACACAGAUGAGGCUUGUGAAGAAUAACUGUCACAUGGACAUUCCCCUGCAACUGCAGAUAAGUGAUAUUGGAUAUAAGCUUUAUGCAGUUAUUAACCACUCAGGAGGAGUAAGUGGAGGACAUUACAAUGCUGUCAUCAAAUCCUUUGAGGAUGAUGAAUGGUAUUGUUUUGAUGACUAUUCUGUCACAAAGGAUUCAAAGCACUCAUUCUAUCUUUCACGGUUGGCAUAUUUGCUCAUGUACAGAAAAGCGGAUGGGCCCCUCCCUGAUGAGAAAUCUGCCAGUGAGUUACAGUUACACUUCCAGGAGUACUAUAAGCUGGUCACCAAUCUGCUGCAGUGGAUCUGCUACUAUAUCUCUGCGUUUGAGGAGAGCAAGUUCCCCACCAGUUAUAAGGAAAUUGAGACCCUUUGCCACCAGUUUCUAGAAUUUAAGAUGAUACAACUGCCAGCAAAAGAGGCUGACAAAAUCUGCUCUAAACAUAUUUACAAGACCUUUCAGGGGGCAGUGCAGGCUGGUCAGAUUCCUCCUGGUUAUAACCCCAAUGAUGUGGAGAAGAAGUGGAGUCAACUCCUUGAAGCCAUAAUUAAGUGGGAGGGACUGCUCAGAAACAAGUUUGAACAGGUGUACUGUUUCCAUGAGCAUCUGGUAAACAUGCGCGUGAUGUCCGGCAAUACAGUGUCAGUGUACGGAGUACCCCUCACACAUUCCCAGCUGGAUGAAGUCAUGCUUUGCUACAUCCUUGACCUGCUGAACUGGGUGAAGAAGAACCAGAGCUAUAUGCCCUACUCAGAGUGGGGAGCAGACCUGCCCUCUAUUCAGUCCCAUCUGGCUAGCCAUCAGAGACUUCAUCAGUCCAUCAAAGACUUCAAAUCCAACAUUCAACAUGCAGAGGCAGAUGAGUAUCAGUUAUCCCAUGCCAGUAAAAAAAAAUACAGAAAUUACCUGGACAUGUUGGUCUUGCAGUACAAAGAACUUCUGAACUCCUCAGUGGCUCGGCUACAAAAUUUGACCGGGCUACAUGUAUUUGCUGUAGCUGCCACUAAUGCACUGAUAUGGCUAAGUGAGAGAACAGAGGAAAAGGUGAAAUAUGGCUGGAGUGACGAUAAUACCAACAUGACUGCCAAGAAGGAUAACUACUCAGGUCUGAUGCAGGAUCUGGAGCAGAUGAAGAAAAAAAUUAGCACUAUUAAAGCCACUGGAGACAAAUUGCUGAAGGAAGACCAUCCAGCUCAGCGCACAAUAGAGGCCUUAACUGCAGCUCUAGAGACUCAGUGGACAUGCCUACAGCAGUUCUGCUGCUGCACUGAGACCCACCUCAAAGAGAACACAACCUACUUCCAGACUCAGGAUUGUAAUAAUGCUCUGCAAAACAUGAAGCAGCACCAUUGCAACUUCACAAGCAAUAGCAAGCACUCUGAGUUCUUUGGUGCAGAUGAGCAAAAACAGGCUGAGAGCACUGAUGCCAAAGAGCAUUGCAACAACCUGCUGCAAUCGAUGAAACAAGAUGGGUCUCCCACCACUAGUAAUGAAGGAUCAAGUUCUUCUACUUCUACAUCUUGCAAGACCAGGCCAGAGGUUAGCACAGCUGUAAGUCGUUCAAGGGACCAUGAGGAAGAUGGCUCCAAGACCCGUAGUAGCAGCAGAAGUACACGUUCCUCAAGGAAUGAUACAAAGAAAACUGGAAAGGCAAAAGAAGUGGCGCAAGCUUUUGAGGAAUCUUGUCUGAGGCAAGAGGCAGAGGAGCACACGCCUCCUAGCUCAGGACACUCUGAAUUAAAAAUGUCAGAGGAUGAGCAGAAAUCCCCCAUGACAUCACCAACGCAUGAAAGGAAAGCCAGUGAUGAACCUAGUUCAGAAAAGUUCAAGAAGUCAGCAACUUUAGCCACACCAAAGUCCAGAACGUCUUCUGACACUGAAGCAGAGGAUCAGGAAAUUGCAGACAUGGAAAAGAAACCAAUAAACACUUUGCCAGUCACAGAGGCGAAAGGGGCAGAAAAGCUUGAAGGAGUUCCAGUUACUACUGAUGUCCUGCAAGAGACAGUUCACCAAACUGUAUAUGGUGAAGUAGAAAGGUUAACACCAGAAUUAGCAGAAUCUGAGGAUAAAGACAAGGAGUGCAUUGCUCAGAAAGAUUCUGAAGAGGCCGCUCUCAUCAUUGAAGAGACAUCAGAUAAAGGAGUUUCUAGCUUGCAUGAUCCCAAACAAUUUGAUUCCUCUGCCCUUACAUUAAAGGAUGAGCCUCUUCAAGACUCUGAGCUACAGGAACAGAAAUCUCCUGCAGAGCACCAGUCUGAGAAGCACCAGUCAGAAGAAGAAAAUUUGAAAGCAGAGGUAACUUCAGCUUCAACAAACACACAGGCUGCUGGAACAGAGGAAGGGAAGCCUAAUAUCAGCAAACAGGAAGAUGAAGUCACGAUCAAGGAGAAUACUGCUGAUGAAGCUACAACUGAAAAAAGAGCAGCAAUAUUAGAGGAAUCUAAACAGACAUAUAAGGAUGAGCUAAAUCAGGAGCCAGACCCUAAGAAGCCUUGCUCACAGCCCUCCACAACUAACGACUUCACUCUUCCCCCCUUUAGCCCAGAUAACCCUAUUGGUAUGGACUUUGUGGUGCCCAAGACUGGUUUCUUCUGUAAACUCUGCUCUUUGUUUUAUGGAAAUGAAGAGACUGCAAAGAAAACCCACUGCAGCAGUUUACAACAUUACCAAAACAUGCAGAAAUAUUAUGAGAAGCUCAAGACUCAGCAGACUCAGAGUGGCAGCUCAGCUCAGACACCAUCCACUAACAGUUUUUCAUCUGAUUAAAUGGAUGAAUUGGUUCUAUAUUUUACUUUGUAAUAAUUCUGGUAAACGGGUCCAAUGUUUAAUUGUUCAAAAUUAUAGAUUUUUUGUUUUGUUUGCUGACUGCUUAGGUUCAUAUUGAAAACCCGAUUCAAAAUGGAAAGUAAUUAACUUGUUUAGAUGUUACACAGGACAAUAAACAUUUUAGUAAAUGCCUAAA